AUGGCUGAAGCCAGGACUGCAGCUAAAUUCUGGCACAAAUCAUGGCACAGUGGAAUAACAAGCAGAGGGGCUGCUUCUCCAAAGCAAACCCUACCGAGGGCUCUGCCUGCAGUAACACUCCAGUAUCACUCCACCUUUCUGUCCCCGCAGGCCCAGCGACCGUGGCGAAGGACGGGGAUGAAGCCCCCAGCCCCAGCAGCUGUCGGGGUGCUGCUGGCCCUGGCCCUGCUGGCUCUCACCCACCUGCCCCCACCACUGGACCACUCCCUGCUCCCGCUGCCGGCCUCGUCCCCCCCAGGGCCCCCGAGGGAGGUGGCUGCCCCCCUGUCUGGAGGACGAGCCUACAGAAGGCACCCCAUGCCCCGCACUCACCUGCAGCAGGAGCAGGCUCCUGGCUGGAGCGGGAGGUGGAGGAGGCUGGAGAGGGACGCUCCCCCUUGGCUCUCUGCUGAUGACCUCCAGAAGAUGUGGCUGCUGUCCAGUGGGCAGGUGGUCUCCAAAACCCGUGUUCCUGCCCACGGGCAAAUCAUGCGAGUGAGGCUGCGUGCCGUGGGGGAUGCCAAGGGAGAUGCCAAGGGGGAUGUCUUGCCGGCCAGCCCGGAAGGAGACUGCCAGGAUGGGUGCUGUGGGCUCAUCAAGCGCCCUGGGGACCUGUACGAGGUGCUGGCCUUCCACCUGGACAGGGUGCUGGGGCUGAACCGCAGCCUGCCCGCCGUGGCCCGGCGCUUCACCAGCCGCCUCCUGCCCUACAGCUACACCGACGGCGCCCUGCGCCCCAUCAUCUGGUGGGCUCCUGACCUCCAGCACCUGGAGGAUGCCAACAAUGACCAGAACUCCUGUGCCCUGGGAUGGCUGCAGUACCAGGAGAUGCUGCAGCCCCACAGACCAAUGCUGGUGGCCAGGGACACUCCCUGCUCCAGCAUCCCACACAGCGAGUGGAGCCGCCUGGCCCUCUUUGACUUUCUUCUCCAGGUUCAUGACCGCCUGGACCGCUACUGUUGUGGGUUUCAUCCUGAUCCCUCUGAACCCUGCGUGGAGGAAAUGCUCCAUGAGAAGUGCCGGAAUCCAGCAGAGCUGGUCCUGGUCCACAUCCUGGUCCGGAGGAGUGCACCGUCCCGCCUGGUGUUCAUCGACAACGCGGGCAGGCCACAGCACCCUGAGGAGAAGCUCAACUUCAGGCUCCUGCAAGGCAUAGACAGCUUCCCAGCAGCGGCAGUGGCCACGCUGCGGUCGGGCAGAUUGCAGAGCCUGCUGCUGCAGUCCCUGCGCCUGGACCGGCAGCUCUGGGAGAGCCAGGGGGGCGCCGAGGGGCUGAGACCCUUGCUCCAGACCAUUGACAGGCGGGCACAAAUCCUGCUCCGCCACAUCCAAGAGCACAACCUGACUGUGUUUGAGGACUCGCCGCGCUGAACC